AUGCCACGAGCCGAGGACCUUGAACGAGUCCGUGAGAACCAGCGCAAAUGUCGACAACGCCAGCGCGACUAUGUGGCCGAAUUAGAAAGUAGGAUUGCAUCUUACGAGGAGGCUGAAUCUCAGGCAAAUUUGAUUUUGCAAGCCACGGAACAGAGGCUUCGCAACGAAAACGAGAGGCUUGGCUACGAAAACGAGAGGAUUCGCAACGAAAACCAGGUGCUUCGGAACCUGUUAGCUUCCAGUGAUGUGGAUCACAUUGCCCUGGGACAGCAUCUCACGGAGGAGUAUCGAGAUGGGGCGUCGGACGAGAAUCAAUUAGGCCUUAGUCCUGUAACAAACACAGCACCGUCCGCUAUUGAACUGUACUCUGAUCCGACACCCUUACAUGCAAUUUUUGAUUCGGUUGAGUCUCCCACGACGAUGACAGAAGCCGUAGAUCUUGUAUCUCAGUCACCAUCGGGCCUGGCACUUUCGCCACCUACAGCGUUUUAUUCUUCUUUUGGCCUUCCGAUGCCCAAUAUCUAUGCACCGAAUUCGCUUGAAAGAGUGUUGGAGCCCCAUCUAGUUGACUUUCUGUCUCUAACUAACCAGAAUAUAUCUGGUGAAAUCGCCGCGGGAUUGGUCGACGCCGUUCACCAGGAUACAACCCUUUGCACUGUUGCAAUCCAGAUUGUCGAUCUCUGUAAUAAGAAGAACGUCAACAUAUUGGAACUGGAUAGUAAGCUUCGCCGCGGUUAUAGAAACGCUAGCUCCCCGCUAGAAGGAUGCAGAGUGGAUAACUGGGUUCUGCUGUCCGUGCUUGCUGAAAUUCUAUAA